AUGGACAGCUCUAUGCGAAGCGUGGCGACCCCAUUUGUCUCGGUGAAUUCGGCAGUGGAUUCGAAUUCUCCGAAUGAACCCUUUCCUGUUUUAGGAACUCCAGCAGUGGGUGCUACUCCCACUCGUACUCCUGGUGCUCGGCAGCCCUCAGAAGGUGCUGUCUUUGAUGCUUUCCAGGAGUACCGCACUUCAGAUAUGAUGUUGUUCUUGAAAAGUCCCUCCCCGUUUUGCCAAUGGACACCGUCUACUUUUGUUGAUGGUGUUUAUUAUUUGUGUGCCGAGCAAUUUUUCGCUGCCGAAAAAGCUCGCCUCUUUGGAGAUACACACAUUUUGCAGUGCAUCAUGAGCGUUUCUGACCCCAGCCUUCACAAGAAGUAUGGCCGUGAGGUUAGUGGUUUCGCCCAAACUCUUUGGGAACAAGAGCGCGACGACAUCGUGCUCACCGCCGAGGCCAGUCCGUAUGACCGUAUCUGGGGUAUCGGUCUCCUUGCGGAUCAUCCUGACGCUCGCCGUCAGCCGAGGUGGCGUGGUCUAAACUUGUUGGGAAAUGCUUUGCAGAAGGUUCGCCAACUUUUACGAUCUAACGCCCCUCCACCGGAACGUAGUUCUCGCCUUUCAACAGUUUCUUCGACUCCCACUUCGCCGUCGGAACGGGGUACCGGAGAUAGCUGGAUGCGGUUUAGCGACCGCUCCUACUGCACUUUGGCCUCCAAAAGGGCAGGAGAAAGUGUUUUCGGUGAGCUCACUUUGGCUCACUACAAGAAGAGUGGCGCCGAAGCGUUUGUUCGCGAUGUCUCCGCGUCCACGGGGAACUACCAGCUCAGUGAGCCAGUCACCUCUCGCCCAUACCGAGUUGACCCUCCAGUGGCGAAGCAAGUGGACGCUAUUCUCGACCAAUAUCUUGCUGCGUGUUUCAUCCAACACUCUACGUCUCCGUACUCGAGUCCCUUGGUUGUCAUCCCCAAGAAUCCUGGUGGUGUGCGUAUCACUGUCAAUUAUCGCAAGCUGAAUAAGCUUUGUACGCUUAGCCAGCUUCGAAUACCCAGAGUUGACGAUACUCUGGACAAGUUGUUGAAAGGGAAGAUUUAUUCUCUCUUAUACAUGAAGUCUUCGUUCCAUCAAAUCACGGUGCAUCGUGAUACCAUCCCGCUCACGGCUUCUGCCGCUCCUGGGUGGUUCUGUAAGGUCGUCAACGAAGUAAUCAAAAACCUUCGCGGUGUCGCUUCCUACUUGGACGACUUGAUCGUUUUUGCUGAGACCUCCACUGCUCAUGUAGCAACCAUUCGCUCUCUUUUGGAAAAAUUUCGUUUGCACCAUUUGAUAUUGACGCCUCCCAAAGCCACUAUUGGCCCCACGGAAGCGGAAUUUCUUGGGCAUUCCAUCUCUCCAGACGGUGUCAGGCCUAACGGUGACAAAGUUGCUGCGCUCACCAACACGCCUAUGCCCAAAGACGCCAAGCAGCUACGCGCUCUCCUCGGUGGUCUGAGCUAUUACCGAAAGUUCCUUCCACAAAUGGCUAAGCGUGUCCGCCCUCUGACCACCCUUCUCAAGAAGAACGUGCGAUUUGACUUCAAGGAUUCCAUGGAAUCCGCCCUACGCGCUCUCCUCGGUGGUCUGAGCUAUUACCGAAAGUUCCUUCCACAAAUGGCUAAGCGUGUCCGCCCUCUGACCACCCUUCUCAAGAAGAAUAUGCGGUUUGACUUCACGGAUUCCAUGGAAUCCGCCGUUCGGCAGCUCCUUGCCGAAUUAGCGACUCCGCCAGUUUGGUGUAUCCUGAGUGGGAUGCCGUCUCUGAUGGGUCGCGGCCCUUUCGCCUUUAUUGUGACGCGAGCCGCGAUGGAUUUGGUGGCACUCUUGAACAAGAGCAACCUGAUGAUUUUGCUCGGCCUAUCGUUUUCGUUAGUCGAGCGACUUUGUUUGGAGUCUGCGCGCCAUUGGACUCCUCUCGAUCUUGAAGCUGGCAGCAUCGUUUGGUGCAUUACACGUCUUCGUGGCUAUCUAUUGGGUACCCACUUCAAGAUUUUCACCGACCACAAGUCUCUCGAGUAUUUGGUGAGAGUUGGUGAGAACAACGGCCGCGUACAACGUUGGCUGGAGUUUCUUGCCGCGUAUACAUUCACUCUCGAGUACCGCAAAGGUUCCGCGAAUGGCAACGCCGACUUCCUUUCUCGCCUGCCGAUGGAAGCUACCGAGCGUGACUGUUCUGGUCGCAGUCGUUUGACUCCAACGGCUGAUGACGAGGCUGUGUAUUUCAUCCGUUCUUGUGGUCUUGUGUGCCUUCUGGCGCUCCGACGGGUGUUGGGUUGGGUGGGCUACUUCCGUCUGUGCCGAGCUCUGUCUUGGGUGGGCUACGGCCUUCUACUACUGACUUCGCUGACUUUCGGAGCCAUGGUCCGCGUGUGGGAUUCACUACCCCGGACGCUUCUUCCGGGUUUCGGUUGGUGCCGGACUUGCCGCCAACCGUCAUUGGUGCCUUGGGUUCUGCCGUCGUUUGCAAUCGCCCUUCCUUGGUUGCGUCCCACCAACUCCGACCUGCUGGAGUGUUUCCCGUGA